AUGGACAUCGUCAUGUGCGUCGCCGAGAAGCCGUCGAUCGCCGACGCCAUCGCCAAGGCGCUGGCCAAGUCGACGGUGUCGACGCGCGGCGGGUCGCCGCGGACGCACGAGUUCCGCGGCCGCUUCGGCGGCGCGAGCUGCGAGUACCGCGUCACGUCCGUGCUCGGCCACUGCUUCAACCUCGACUUCGCGCCGGCGUACCGCGACUGGGACGGCUGCGACCCGAGCGAGCUCUGGGACGCGCCCGUCGUGCGCGUGCCGAGCAACGGGAGCGUGCUGCGGAACCUGCGGGAGACGGCCAAGGACUGCGACGCGCUCGUGCUCUUCCUGGAUUGCGACCGCGAGGGCGAGGCCAUCGCGUUCCAGGUCAUGGACGUCACCCAGAGCGAGCUCCGGCCCGGCGCGACGGUCCACCGCGCCAAGUUCUCGGCCGUGACGCCCGCGGACAUCGAGAAGGCCAUGGCGACGCUCGGCGAGCCCGACGAGCGCCUGUCGGAGGCCGUCAUCGCGCGCCAGGAGCUCGACUUGAGGGUGGGCGUCGCGUUCACGCGGUUCACGACGCGCCACUUCCAAUCCAAGUACGCGGGCCUCGACGCGCGGACGCUGUCCUACGGGCCCUGCCAGACGCCGACGCUGGGCUUCGUGGUGAGGCGCGAGGACGAGAUCGCGACCUUCGAGCCGGAGCCCUACUGGUUCCCGGACGCGGCGCUCGAGGUCGACGGCGCCUUCGCGGACGCGACCUGGGCCCGGGGCCGGUGCUUCGACCGGAGCGUCGCCGCCGCGCUCUGCCGCGGCGCGGCCGCCGCGGGGGUCGCGACGGUGGUGGAGUCGACGGCGGGGACGUCGACGAAGGCGCCGCCGCUGCCCUUCAACACCGUGGACCUGCUCAAGGCCGCGAGCCGGGUUUUACGCUUGUCGCCGGCGAUGGCGAUGAAGCACGCGGAGCACCUCUACCUCGACGGCUUUUUGAGCUAUCCGCGCACGGAGACGAACAAGUUCCCGCCGUCCAUGGAUCUACGGGCGGCCAUCGAGCAGCAGGCGGGCGACGCGCGGUGGGGCGCGCACGCCGCGGAUCUUUUGGAACGGAGCGCGUGGCGGCGGCCGAAGAGGGGACUUGACGCGGGCGACCACCCGCCCAUUACUCCUACCGCUCCGGCGCCGCCGGGCGUCCUGAACGGCAAGGCCGCGGCGCUUUAUGAUUUGGUGACGCGCCGCUUCCUGGCGUCGGUCUCGGAAGACGCGGCGUACGCGGACCAGCGAGUGGCCGUCGACCUCGCGGGCGAACGCUUCGUCGUCGAGCGGCGCGCGCUCGUCGCGCCGGGUUUCCUGGACGUGCUCCGGCCGCACCGCGACGACGACGCGGGCCCGCCGCUGUUCCUGGAGCUGCCGGCGGUCGGCGCGCGGCCGCGGGCGAAAUGCGCGGCGGCGCCGCGCGAGGCGACGACGCGGCCGCCCGAGCGCCUGAGCGAGGCGGACUGCGUCGCCCUCAUGGAGAAGCACGGCAUCGGCACGGACGCGUCGAUCCCGAGCCACAUCGAGAACGUCUGCAAGCGUCUCUACGUCGCCGUCGACGGCAAGUCGCGGCGGCUGCGGCCGACGGAGCUCGGCACGGUCGUCUGCCGGGGCUUUUUGAGGGUAGACGCGUCGCUCGUGCUCCCGGAGGUGCGCGCGGCCAUCGAGGCCGCCUGCGACCUCAUCGCCGGGGGCGAGGCGCCGCGGGAGGCCGUGGUCGCGCACUGCGUCGCGAACUUCGCGGCCAAGUACGCCCACCUCGCGGCCCACGUCGACGCCAUGGAGCAGCUCUUCGACGCCGUCUACGCCGAGCGGCCCGAGGACGACGCGUCGCGGUCGGCCUUCAGCCGCUGCGGCCUCACGGGCCACUACCUGCACCUCGUGCCGCGGCCGCAGCGCUUGUACGACCCGGCGACGAAGGACGUCGUCGACCUGCCGCGGCCGGGGUCCGUCGCGGCGUCGAACGGGCGCCGCUGCCCCGCCUGCCGCUCGGAGCUGCUCUGGUACGGCCUGCGCGACGGCGCCGGGGACGCGGCGAAGACGGCGACGUACCCGCUCUGCGGCGCGUGCUACGAC